AUGUUCAGCAACGCUUCUACCUGCUUCUUCUUACCUUAUGUCUUCUAUAGUGUUCUAAUUGCUGCCCUCUCAGUUGUUUGCUUUUCUUUCUUGCUAUCAGUCAUAUGGGACCCCAAUGAAGGAGAAGGCCCGUUGCGUCUGAAUCUGGCUGUUAUCACGAUCAGCGUCAGCAAGACCCAGGGUAGGCGCCACAUGGGCAAGGCCAAUGGGCGGCUAGCCAUGCUCGAAGCACUGACUGGAGAGAUGCCCCAGCCUAAAACAAAAGGGUUUAAUCGAGAGGGCAUUCGCGAAAUUGAAUUCACAGAGCUUACACGUCUAGUCGAUCUCAUCAUACCCCCCAGCACGCUCUAUUUCUUCCUGGACUUCACCCUUGAGGGCAAUCUCUACAUAAGAGAAAAAGGUACUCUUCCCCUUAUAAGAGAAGAUGAAGUAACACUCUUCGGGACCCCGUAUGCACUCUGGGCGUUCCCACUUUGGAACCCCGCGUCAACUUCCCUCCAAGAGCGACUCCUGAAGACCCCGGACCGCCUCAAUGUCACCUUGAAGGCAAGGAUCUCUGCAUGCGUGCACGUCUCUGGGAAGGAAUGGUCCCCAUCAAUUCGCGUUCGACUUUAUGUAGGAUAUUAUUCACACUUUCAUAUGGCUUGCUCAUCCCGAUACGUAAAGCUCAUAAGAGAUUGUUUCAAUUAUAUUGGGCAAGAGCUAGAGGCGUUCCAGUAUGCACUCAAUGCGAGAAGAGCACGGAAUGGGAUCGCUGAAAUGAUCGACAUGCGUAAACUGUGGCUCAAAUUCGUUCGCUCCAUUUUCGAAAAGAUGGUCACAAGAACGCAUUCUUGGGUCUCAGACCGAGUCAACGAGGUCAUGGUCAACGGAAAUGCGGAAUACGACGCGGUAGCAGAUGCGAAUAGAGCCGCAAAUGCGUACCAGGCUGCAAAAGACUUACUCAAAUCAUGGUCAGAUCUGAACAGGACGGUGCACCUUUGCGAUUGGAUGAUCAUAAUGCCUAUGGACGGUUUCGCAGGCUUCUUUCCAUCUAGCUCAGAUACAAAAGUCCGCGAGGAGUUGGCCGCCCGCAUUCCUACACCGUUGAUGGAGCGUAUGGAGCACAUGCUGGAAAAUGAACAAGCCAUACACACGAAUAGAGGUACUAUCAAUGCGAUCCUGAAAGAAUCAAAAGACAUGAAUGACCAAGUUCGACUUCAAUUGCGCAGUGCGCCGAAGUCAUUCGGACGUGAAAAUUGCAUCUCCACCAUACGUUCGAGGACAAAGUGGUCGCUCAGUCAUAGCGGGCCGCAGGAUCAGACAGAGAUGGAUGGGAUGCGUUCUUCCAGAAGGCGAAUGCCGACUUUGAGCGAUCUGGCGAGCGGGUGGAAGGAUCUGAUGAGCGGCUUCCUCAAAAUUAUUGACAAAACAGCCUAUGAUCCCCGGCUUAUUGCGAAACAAUCGCCUGGCUACAAGAACGAGUUGAAAAUCCUGGGAUGCUUGGUCAUUGACGAUUUGUACCCGUUGAUUGUGAGCUUGGUGGAGCGACCUAGCGAUCUGUGGUUGUAUGCUAUGUUGCAACCGGACCAGGUGUAUGUAGGUCCGUGUGUGGAAAGGCAGGAGAAGGAAUGGGAGAGGCGUUCUGGAAGUGGCGGAGUGAGCAGUCGGCAUCGUAACGAUCUUUUGAUUCUCAAACGCUUUGGUGGUAUUAUAACAAUCGAUCGAGCAUUCUGGGCAGAGUUCGAUUGGAAUCCUCCAGGAAAAGCUCUUUGCGUGCUUGUCGAAGACAAAGUCAUUGUGAUGCGAAACCCGUUACCGAUAGUGAGGUGGAAAAUGGGUCAGUCCCAGAUCAGUUGCGUGGUGGGACAGAAAAUCAAAGUUCUGCGCAAAACAACGUUGCGACGCUGCACACCACGACUAAUUACUGAGAUUAUUGUGAUUCUCAAAUGA